GUCAUUCAUGCCGUCAAUUCAUUUUGGACGUGGUUUGAUUAAAUCAUAUUAUCAGCGAUAAAUUUCUUUUCACAUAAUUGCAUUUGCAGUGCAUUCAUACAAACGCGAAAACAUAUGUGCAUACGGGAAAAAUGCCACCAGCCAGACGAGCAAAUAUAGGUCGGCGAACGCGUAAUGCAAAUGAUGUGGCAUUACUAAGACGAUCACAGACUGCAGAUGAACGCGCACAAGCUAAUGCAUCGCAGCGUGAACGUAAUGCACGCAAUAGAUUUGUUAACCCAGUACCUGUACUGAAUCUUGCACGGCCAUCACGAAUACGUCGUGCUGUUUUGGCUGAAAUGAUGCGUGCUGCUUUUAAUUACAACAGUCAGAUUGAUUAUAGUAUGUAUGGAUACAUUGGAAUGAUGGACGCAAUAUGUCCACAUUGUGAUCAAAAACAUGUAUAUGAUACAAUCAUGCAAGCCGUUUCCAAUAAUGCAGGUGGAUUAUAUUUUUUGGAUGCACCUGGUGGCACAGGUAAAACGUUCGUUAUAUCAUUGAUUUUAGCGACUAUUCGAUCAGAUCAGAAAAUUGCACUAGCACUUGCAUCUUCGGGAAUUGCUGCUACAUUAUUAGAAGGUGGUCGGACCGCACACUCUGCAUUAAAAUUGCCAUUGAAUGUACAGGUGAUUGAAACUCCAACUUGCAAUAUAUCGAGAAAUUCUGCUAUGGCAAAAGUUCUGCGAUUAACGUCAAUUAUUUUAUGGGAUGAGUGUACAAUGGCGAAUAAAAAAUCACUAGAAGCAUUCAAUCGAACAAUGCAAGAUUUACGUGGUAAUCAACAGCUUUUUGGUGGUGCUUUGAUAUUACUUUCAGGGGAUUUUCGUCAAACAUUGCCUGUCAUUCCUCGAUCAACUCCUGCUGAUGAAAUAAAUGCCUGCUUGAAGUCAUCAGUUCUUUGGAGAUAUCUACAAAAAUUGACACUAAACAUUAAUAUGCGUGUUCACCUACAAAAUGAUCCAGCUGCCCAUGAGUUCUCAAAACAAUUGUUAGAAAUUGGUGACGGCAAAAUACAAAUCGACAGAACCAACGGAUUGAUCGCUGUACCGAACAAUUUUUGUACAAUUGCGCAAUCGAUAGAUGAAUUGAUUGAAUGUGUUUUUCCGAAUAUUGUUCAGAAUUACAGAAAUCAUGAUUGGUUGACAGAACGCGCCAUUUUAGCACCGAAAAACAUUCAUGUCAAUGCAAUUAAUUUUCAAAUUCAAGCGAAACUGCCAGGCGUAGUCACGAAAUAUAAAUCAAUUGACAGUGUUAUGAAUCAAGAUGAGGCAAUGAAUUAUCCAAUUGAAUUUUUAAAUUCAUUGGAGCCGGCUGGUAUGCCACCGCAUUGCUUGAAUCUGAAAGUUGGUUCUUCGAUUAUAUUAUUGCGAAAUAUUAAUCCACCAAAACUGUGUAACGGAACCAGAUUGGCAGUGAAAAAGUUAUUGCCAAAUUUGAUUGAAGCUACGAUCUUAACUGGUAAAUCAAAAGGAGAAGUUGUUUUGAUACCGCGUAUACCUAUGAUUCCAACUGAUAUGCCUUUUGAGUUCAAACGUUUACAAUAUUCUGUGCGUUUAUCAUUUGCGAUGUCCAUCAACAAGGCCCAAGGUCAAACACUUCACGUUUGUGGUGUGAAUUUGGAGGAACAUUGUUUUUCACAUGGCCAGUUAUAUGUUGCCUGUUCCAGAGUCGGUACCCCCAGCCGUUUGUUUAUUUAUGCUCAAAAUGGAAAAACAAAAAAUAUUGUUUAUCCAAAUGUUUUGGAUUAAGUGUGUUGUA